AUGGCGUCGCGAAUGUUGUUCUUGAGGUGUGCUAUGGUCCGUGGUCGAUCGACAAAACCAGGGAAAUGUGGAAAAUCGAAUUACGGCCAGGAACGAGUCUGUGAGGUGGAAUUUCAAACCGAGCGCGAGAGCGAGCGACCGUUAGAAAAGAGGCUCUCAACUGCGAAGGCCCGCUGCUCUCUAAACCAGAGUAUGAUGGCAGCUGACUGGAGGGAGAAACAAACUUGGGAACUUCCCCCUCCAGAUGCACCCUCUCUGGCCCCUCUACCCGCCCAACUCACCGCGCGGGAUUUUUUUUAA